AAGAAACGACAACCGAAUUCUGACACACUGAGUUUCAAGUAUUAGCCUCGUUUUAGUUUUGAGGUCAGACGGAAGGAACGCUUGCUCAUUUUGGCCGUAGAUCGAAGUGACGCUGUGAAUCGACAAGUGUUGGUGUGUACUUUCUGAUCGACUUGUUUAUCCUUCUGUCGCACAACACAGGUUUGCUACAGUAAAUACCACACUCGUUGUUCUGCUAAUUUAGUGCGCGGGUUUGUGACGUAAUUUCCUGUGAGCAACAGUAGAUUCCACCGUGGUCAGUGGGAGCGAUUUCGUCGAGUCGACUGGUGUUCAUCGAUCAAAACUCCUUUGCUUGGAUACCUAAACGCCUGUACUUGUUUGAAAGUGUGUUUUUCGUGGACGGAUAAAACGAAUAUACCAAGAUGGCAGGAAGCUGUUAUACUUGCAUCAAGUAUUUGAUGUUUGCCUUUAACUUCUUGUUUUGGCUUCUAGGAUGUGCAAUUCUUGGCGUGGGUAUCUGGAUCCGCGUCGACCAGGACGUCGCCCAGUACGUGAACCAGUCGGCGCAGGUGAACCUGCUGUACACGUUCGCCUAUAUCCUCAUAACAAUCGGCAUCGUCAUCAUGAUCAUAGGAUUCCUCGGCUGCUGCGGAGCCAUCAGGGAGAGCCAGUGCAUGCUGGGAACGUUCUUCGUAUGUCUAUUUGUAAUAUUUGCCAUCUUGCUAGGAGUUGGAAUCUGGGCAGUUGUUGCCAAGGAAGACUUAAAGGGAGUCACUGGAAACAUGCUUCAAGAAGCAGUAGACAAUUACGAUGAGCCUAACUCGAAGAGUUUCCUAGACACAGUUCAAAUCAAAUUACAAUGUUGUGGUGCUACAAAGGGUGCAGAUGACUUCAAAAUAACUGCCAAGAUCCCGGAAAGCUGUAAACUACCUAACUAUAUCAAGCCAUGCAAUGAGAAGUUCUUUAACUUUAUUGCUGACCAUCUGAUCAUCGUAGCUGGAGUUUUUAUUGGUAUUGCUGUUGUACUGAUUCUUGGAAUGAUCUUCGCAAUGGUGUUGUGCUGUGCCAUCCGAGACACAACGGUGUAGGAAAAUGGACGAUAUAUUCUGUUGAAGCUUUGCUUGUCCAUUAGAUGUGCGUCAGAAUUGGAUGAAACCGAGUUUCAAGAAAUGUAUUUAGUGUUCGACUGUCAUCUUAUUGUGCACAUGCCCUUGUUUGUGUUAAAUACUGUACUAGAAUGUUGAUUUUGGAUUUCAUUUUGAAACAAAGCAAUCUUAGCUAUGAAAAAUAAAUUGAAGAUGUGUACAACAUUUUUUUAUAAUGAUAGUUAUCUAAAUCAUUUGAUAGAUUUUUUAUUAAUUAUAUUCUUUUGUUGUUUUACACUUGUUUUUAUUUAUGAAUUUAAAAUUAGAACAUUUAAAUAUUGACUUAAUAAAUCAGAACUCAAUGAAGGAAGGACAAUGAGACCGAUUAUGUAAUACAGCAUAAUUCCAAUAUGAUUGUCUCGAUGAAUCUGUAUGUUGAUGUUCUAAUUUUAAAUUCUAGAAAAAUUAAGUAAUAAAUAACAAAUGUUUAAUAUAUAGGUGUUUUCAUAUUGUACCUUUGUAUAUAAUUGUAUUCACAUAUACAUAUAUUCGAAAUUUGCUAGUGAUACCAGGAACGUUUUGGAAAGAACUGACAAGGGCAAAAUGGAGUAAAUAGCAGUUUCCUUUAAACCUUUCAACCAUGUAGACAGCUUUAGGUCCAUCAACUUUAACAAAAUGGAGUGUAAUGUAAAGAAAUCUAGUGGUGAAAGGGUUAACAGGGCUGUGAUAAUGUGUUUAUGAUCAAUCAAAAGUACGAACAAAAGAAACUGCUCACGAUGGUGCUGGUUUACAUUGAGCCAUCACUGUUCUUAUUAAUAAGAGAUGGAAUAUAAAGAGUUAUUCAUCAUUUUAUUACUAAGCGGUUUAGUUUGUCCCACUUCUCUUUUGUAUGAAAAUAUUAUCUAUAUGGCAAGGUUUUAAAAUCACAAAUGUUAAGUUGUCUAUUAAGAAAACCGGGUAUUGCUCUUGCUUUGUUUGAACAGAUUUACCUCCCUUGCCUUAUUACUUUAGAAAAGGUUAAAAUGUUGAAAUAUUUAUUUUACAGUAUGCAUCAUUUGAGAAAGAACAUUUUAAAAACUUGUUUUAUAUAUGGUGCAUAUUUUAAAAUUUGAAAUAAAUGUUUGUUCUAUUGAUUUGAUUGUAAUUAAAAGUUUUUAAAAAAGUUAAAAAAUAAAAAUAAAGUACAUAAUAUGUAUUUAUAUUUAACUUAAUUUGUUAUUGAGUUUUUAUCAAAAAAAGUAAUGAAAGUUAAUUUUGAAUAAAAACUGAAAUAUUGGUAGUUACAUUUAGUGAUGGACGGCAGCUAUAUAGACAGUGUUGAACUAUUUAAUGCUAAUAAAUAAUUGUAAAUAUCUUUUAACUAUGUAUAUGUAUAGUUUUGUAAUUCUGUGCUUUUGCUGAAUAAAUCUCUCCAUUCCUACAAUAUUUUAGACACCUCCUAUUGAAUCUAACGUCAAAAUGUAGGAAUGGAGGGUAAUAUAUAAUGUAUGUUAUUGUUUAUAUAUGUAGUUUCGUAGAGACAUCUUGUUGUGUUAGAAAUAGUUGUCUAGAGAAUGGAAUUCUUAUUUCAAACCAAGUGCAUUAACCAGAACCAAAGUGGCCAAGUGUUUGGGUGAUGUUUGCUCAAAACUUGAAUCAGUUUAUAAAUGUUUGCUUGCUGGUAGUAGCUAUGUUGGUAUAAAAUGCUCAUGUGUAAUUUCCCCAUUGUCCAUUUCAGUGAAGUUUGGCUUCUGGUGUCGAGGCUCAGUUGCUAAAACUCUGACGGGUAGUAUUAUUUUAUUUGGAAUUUUUCAUUUACUAAUUUCUGGCUUUCUAGUGUGUGUACACAAAGUUAGCACCAUACUCCCCAUGUACAUCAGCUAGUUUGGUCUACAUUUUGAAAUAUUUUAUUCUUACAUGUAUAAAUCCCUGAAUAUCCCAACAGGUAAGAGCGGCCAAUCAAACAUAUGCAUGUAGAUGACAAAACAGGUGGUUGUUGCUGACAAUUAAGCUGUUUGAUUUACAUGUCUCUUCUAAAAGUAUCACCUCCCCCCCCCCCACUCACACACACACACCUUCCUUAACCUCCAGGCCCCCCAAAUCAGCCGCUGUACCUACUCCCCUACUCAUCCUUCCACUCAAUAGCACAGGUAUCCUUGAAUAGAAAAACACAUUGCUUAAAGGACCAUGUUUCUUACACAUUCGUUCACACUUGCCAAGGUUUAUUUCAAGGAUGGUGCAUCUUCUAUUCAAAGUCUUGCAGCUGCUUUAGACCUUUGUGUCGAGGCUGCAUAAACACAUUUUGAAUAUUGUAUCCAACUUGGCCAUUUUGACAUCCUAGGUUAUUGUCAGGCAUGAGCAUUGAUUACCAACACUUCUACAUAUACAUGAGAUUAGAAACAGUAAUUUUAGUAGAAAAGUUGAAUUGCUUCAUUAUUGGAUGAGUUUAUUUUAAUCACAUUAGGUUUGCAGAGUUGACAUUUUAUACAUAUUUAUUACAAUUAAUCAAUGAUGUUGUGCAAAUUGAAAACAAACUUAAUGUUGUUCUUUUAUCUAAUAUAUGACAUUUCGGGUACAUUACUGUUAAAUAUUCUUUGCUAACAGAAAUACAUAUAUUCCUUGAAUAAUAUAUAUUUUACAAUAUCAUAAAUAUCCCAGUCUUUUACUUAUACUUGCAGAGAAAAUUAGUCCAAGGUUCUUGAAGCCAAAUUAAUGGGCUCUGUUAAAUGAAUUAUAUUUUUAUCCCCAUUUAGAUUAAAGCACAAAUAUAUUUACUCUUAACACAUCAGCAAAAACCAAACACUAUCUUAUGCUUUUUCACUCCGAGGUUAAAGCCAUUGCCAAGUUAGGUUUGGUUUUAGUUUUGGAUGAGCUAUAACAAACACCAGGAUGACCAGAAUUCUGAAUUUGCCAAAAUUGAUCAUUUAAAUGAAAAAAAUUGUUAAGUAAUGUUAAACUUAACCGUGAAAAACAAAGUAACAGCGUAUCAUUUACACUACAUAAUAACUAAGAUCCACUUAUUUAAUAUGCGCUCUGCCACAAGUCAUGCAAAUCAGUGUGGUAGGUUCAAAUCAUGCUAGUUACAAAUCAGUGUGGUAAGUUCAAAUCCUGCCAGUUACAAAUCAGUGUUAUAGGUUCAAAUCCUGCCAGUUGCAAAUCAGUGUGGUAGGUUCAAAUCCUGCCAGUUGCCAUUGUGUGUGUUUAAAUUUAAAAAAAAAAUGUGUUUAAUGUAAAAUAGAGCCUUUAAUUUUGGUGCCAAUACUGGUGACUGGUUUUCAUUUAAUGCAUAUGUAUGAUAACCAAUCAUUAAUUAAUACAACAUGUUAAUACUGCAUCUCUGUAACACUCAUUUUUGUAUAUUAUUGCAUCAUCUGUAUUAUUGAUCAGUUUAUGUUAAUGGUUGUGCAUGUCUGUAGAUCUAUACUAUAUAUUUGUUCUUUAAAUACAUGUCAGAGUGUUUUUUGUUUUUUCGCUUAGAUAUUGAUUAGAAUGAAACACUGGAGUGCAAUAAUGUUACCCCUCUUUUUAUAUUACAUUGUUGCAAGUCUUGGGAGAAAAUAUCAGAUACCAACUUUUUGAUAGUGAAAACAGGGAGAGGUUAUAUUUUAAUCUAAAUUGAAUGUAUUUUUAUCAUGUACAUGUAAAAAGAUUUUUUAUAAACAUUUUUGAAACAAAAAGUUCCACAAAAAAACAAACAUGAUAAAAAUAAAUUAAAAUGUUUCAUACCAUGAUACAUUUUGAGAUAAAUAAAAGAUCUAUAUAACAGUAUGUUAUCACCCAGUCAUUUAUUUGUUUUAGACCAAACACUGGCCUCCGAGAUUAUAUAUUUGUUUUUUUUAUUGGUGAAAUACACAUGUAUGAUGGAAUUAUUUUUCUCACCUGAUUUUGAAUUUACCCAUUUGCAACAAUGUUGAAUACUGGGAAAGUGGUGCUUUCUAAUAAGCAUUUGUGAAUUAUGCUUUAAAAAAGUUACUUUCACAUACACAUGUAUAACUAACUACAAAUCUAUUUUAUUCAAAAUCAUACCUGUGAUAAAAAAAUGUCCCACAGAUAUUUUGACAAAGUUCUUUGAUGAGCACAAAUCAGAACAAAAAAUUAUGUAUCAGUAAUAUGUAUUUUCAUGAAAACCCCCCAAACAAAACAAAUUAUGCAUUUAUUUUGGAAAUGUAAUUAUAAAGGACAAGAAUAUAUCUUUAAUUAUCCCGCUACACUUUCAUCAAUACCUGUUAGAUGUAUAUUAUUUACAGGAGCGUUGGAAGCAAUUAAAAGUUGGUACGUCCAUGAAAGCAAUGUAUACGAUGAGAUCUAUACUGCGCCAUAGGCAGAGAGAGAAAAAAAACACCGUCCCUAGCCCAAAAAUGGUACGACCGUGGCAGUACCGGCCGUACCACGUCUGACGCCCCUGAUUUAACCAUUUGACAGAUUUCGUCCAUUGCCGCCGCUACCAGGCGCUAUGUUCCAGAAAUUUAGCAGGGAAGGAUGGGAUAUCUAGACUGGGGAGCGCAGUUUAUAGGGAAGGGGGUUAAGUUAUGCUCUUCUGGUAAAUAUAUUGAAGAAAAGAACAUUUACUUUAGCAAAGGGAGGGUUCCAACCCCAGCCCCCCAAACCCUCUUCCCGGCUAUAAUAUCUGAGGAAUCUUUUCUGUUUUACUUUCCCUCAGUGAGGAUUGAUCCUAGGAUCCACUGCACCUCAGGCAAGUGUUCUACCACUGAAUGGAGUUAACAUGUUGAUGAUGUGUAUGCAGAAACAAUAUAGACAGUACCCCUUUCCCUGAAUGGUGUUUCUUACUGUACAAACUAUAGCACUUCGUCCACCUGUUGCUUUAUUUUUUUAAUAAGAUUUGGUAAUUUUGCACACCAUAAAUGCUGUAACCUUUUUGUAGCCAAAUUUUGUAUAUUUUGAAAAAAAAAGCAAAAAACAACUUUUAUAUGAACUUUUAAAACAGACUGCCUGUUGGGUUCAGUGUAUUAUGUACUAGUAUUGAACAGAACGUACAUGCAAUGAUAAACAGUUUGGUGUAAACUGAAUUGCACUUUGACAGUCACUGCUGAAAAGAAUAGCUAUUUAUUGAAAGUUUUGGAGGAAUACAUGUAUAUUUGACUGAAAUCAUUAUAAUUAUUAAUGUCCAUCAUAGAUCAAUUGAAUUACAAUUUGAACUUGAACUCGUAAAUCUCAUCCAAUCUUUCAAAGUGUUUAAGACAACUUAGAUAUACUGUGAUAUUGAGAAUCCUGAUAGGAAAGGCAAUUUAAACUGUAGUAAUUUGUUAUGUAACAUGAAGUUGUUUGUCAACAGUAUAUGAGAGGAAACAUCCUAUCACCACAUAGGCUACAACUGUCAAAUGACAAUAGAUAUUGGUUUAUGCAUUUAUGCAUGGGCCACCACGAUUUUGAUAUAUCACUAUUGGGGAACAGAGACCUCUAAGAUGACUGAUGCUACAACAAGUGUGCUAUACUACUGAGCUACAUCCUGCUCCUCCGGCAUCCGAGACAACCCCACUAUUUGCUCUUUAUUGGUGUUUUGGUGAAAAUGAACUAUGGUACAUUUAGACAGUUCCAGCAUAAAGGCUUUUUAACAGUUCUUCAUUAGUGCAUGCCAACACUUUUGUGAUAUACCACAUUUGGUUCAUCAUCAUGAUAUCCUAAUUUCGAACUGAAAGGUAGUUAAUGAGGAUGUCACAGAUGUCUCAUUUACCCAUUUAAAUCAUUUAUACGACCCUGUAGUCACGAGAUGAGUUUAAAAUUCGGAAAACUCUGGGUUGCAUUGUACCUCUGCAUGAUCGUUCAGAAAAAGAAACAAAGCUGGGCAUCCCUUACCCUUCCUUUGCAAUUUGCAAGCAAAAACAUUGUUUUAGCUUCUUUACUUACAUUGUCCGUCCGUACGUAAAUGAAGUGACAUUCCUAAAACAUUGGUUAUUUCGUGGGUCAGAUGAGGGGUACUUGUGGUGGUUUUACAUCACAUGGUUUCUACUUUAUUGUUCAUGAUGCAUGUGAGGUUACUAACUAUUCGGGCCACAGUAUUCUACUGAAUCCAACAGGCCGUCUGUUGUUGUGUAAACCUGUGACUUGUCAACCUUAUUAUGCUUGUCGAUAUGCUAUGGUUUUAUAAUAAACGAUUUCUUCUCA